UGGGGGGGGAUUCUACACCGUGAGUGUUAAAUUGACCACACCCUCGCAUUUCCGGCAAAGAAGCGCCAUCCAGAGCUGAUCCAGAACUUUCGCAAACAUCGAAAAGAUAAGUUUCACUUUGCUGACGAGUAAACUGAGGAGAGCUGGACAGGGCGGGAACAGUCGAGGAAGGAGAGGAGAGAGGUGAAGACAUGCUGGUUCCUGUCGAAUAUAAGGGGGUGAGCAAAUGGGUCAGGGUACCAAAGGUGGAGGAGGUCUUCAAUUUCUCUGAAUUUUUACAAGGAGUGCUGGCAAAAUUCAAUUUGUCAGGUUUUACUGCUUUGAUGCUCAAGGAUUCUGCAGGAGUUGAAGUGGAUUCUGACAUCUUUGAUGAGCUUCUGAAGUCAUCUCAGGUGUCCUUCAAGGCCUUCACUGAAGAUUGCAAUGACAACAGUUUUGGAGAUUCUUCAGAGGGCUCAUCCUUAACUGAUUGGUCACCAUCACGUGCAUCCCAUGGGUCAUCUCCAAGCUCAGACUCAACAAUUAUACUAGAAUCCACCAAAGCUCGAAGAAAACGGCUGAUUGAAGGACCCCCUGACAGCAGCAGUGCUCGCGAUAUUGUCAAUGCAGCCCUGCAUUCAAAGCCGGACGGUGACCAAAUAAUCAAAGAAUACGAGAAAACAAAGAGUCUGUCGGAUGGUACAAGAAGAAGGAUGAUCAACAUGCUUGUGGCUGACAUGGUAGAGAGCCAUGGGAGGAUCCCUCCAGUAAAUAUCCGCAGUACGUAUGCACUUGGCAUUACAACCUUGUUCCCAAAUUUGAAGGACCCGGAUUCAAAGAAUGGUUAUGAGCAUUUCUAUGAUCACCAGAGUGGUUCUGGUUACCUGGCAUGGAGGCUGAAGACUGUGCAGCGCAACUCUGCUCAAGAGAUCAAGAAAUCCAGGUCCAGCUUUCAGGAUGGCCCUAAGACUCAUCGCAGCAUGCAUUCACCUGUGAGGCAGUUGUCAGGUGACGAAUGCAAUGAAGCUAUAUCAGUGAUGAGGCACUCAAGUGACACAACCCUCGUCCAAGACAAAAUGAGGGCAACAUUUCAGAAAAGACAAAAGGUUGUUCAAGACCCAGCAACAGCUUCCACUGUCCUAGACCUUUUUCCGAGAUUCCUGGACACACCAGGCUUGAUCGACCAAGACUUCAAUAUGCUCUUUGGUGAUGAAGUGACUGGUAAAUUCCUCGCUAAAUGGCCAACAUUCUUCAAACCGAGGAUCAUUGCGGAGUGCAAAAAUCUUCCUCAAAGUGUGCACGUGGAUGACCUCCUUUUGUCUGCCCAACAGGAAUCUGAUGAUGGUGUAUGGGACUGUGAGGUUGCCGCCAUCUGCUUGUUGCUUCACCUGUUGCCGCCAACAUCCAAGGGCAAGAAGUCUGCAAAGAUCAGCGCAACAGAUGCUGCUGUCCGCCUGGUGAAGUUCCUUAAGGUGGGGAGAAGCAUGGAGACCUUCCUGAAGGAAACUGGCCCUGCUCAGCCCUUUCUCCUGUGUGUUGGAGAACGAAAAAACAGCAUCCAGAAUUUCUACAUCAUCCUGGACCAAAAGGCCAUUCCCUCCAAGACACAGACUGGAGUUGCUGCCUUUGACGAGCUCUUCAAGGCACAUUUUGCUUUUGCUGUGUCCUACGAUGAGGCGCUGUGCAACUUCUACACCUUCAUCCAGACAACCGUGUAUGGCAUUGACGUUGGCAGUGUGAAGGAGAGUCCUCGGGUGAAGGAAAUUCGAGCAAGAUUUCUUCACAGUUCAUUUUGAAGAGGAACUAAUUUCUGACUUGAAAUGUUCACAUGUUACAUUUGCAAGGUACAGCACAGAAAUGGUUCAUUGUUAUGUCGACAUUUGAAGUUUCAGCAUGGAUUGUACCCAGGAAGGUCUUUGCGUUUGCAUUGUGGAGAGGCUGGUUGUUCAUUUGUUUUUUGCACAUACUUUGGUUACCAGCGGCACUUAUCUCGAGCACAUAAGGAUGGUGGUGAUUCAGAUUCCGUCAGUGAUGUUGAGUUUGGUCCUGCAACUAAUGUUGGAGCUUCUGUUUCACAACAACUUAAUGUAGAUCCUCCUGCGACUGUCACACACAUUCCAAUGGAUAACACGAAAAUACUAGACAUGUGCAGCUCUGUUAUUGCUCAACUGCAAGCCUCAGGAGUUCCUGAAAGUACGGUGCAGUGUUUAGUUGGUUCAAUGGAGGAACUGGUCGAUGACAUCCAUGCCCAUGCAAAAGAAACUGUUGUUGAAAGUUUGUCAUCUGAAGCAUCCGGAGAAACAUUAGAAAAAGUUCAGGACUGUUUUGGUCAACUUGAAAAUCCAUUUUCAUCUCUUAACACAGAAUCUAAACGAAAGAAGCACUUAGAAGAAAAAUGGAAAAUAGUGGAACCAGUGGAGUAUAUUCUUGGUGUGCGUUUUGAUACACGCAGAGAUAGAACAACAGGAACAUACAGGCAAGUUCCUGUAAACGACAAGUUCAUGUAUGUACCAAUCAUGGGGUCUCUGUCAUCUAUGUUUAGGAACAGUGAACUUUGUAACAGUUUCCAAAAAACUAAACCACACCAGGAGGGUUUUUACAGAGAUGUAAAUGAUGGCUCCUACUUCAGGAACCACAUUUUAUUCUCACAACAAGAACAUGCUUUGCAGAUACAGCUCUACUACGAUGAUUUUGAAACUGCUAAUCCAUUAGGCUCAAAAAAGGGAAUUCACAAACUUGGCUGCAUUUAUUUUAUUUUGAGAAAUCUGUCCCCGAAGCUUAAUUCUGUGUUGAUGAACAUACAUCUUGUUGCCCUCUUUCACUCAGAGGAUUUAAAGAAAUAUGGGUUUGAUCCCAUUCUAAAGCCACUUCUCAAUGAUUUAAAGAUGUUAGAGGCUGAAGGAAUGCAGGUGCCCUUUCAACCCACACCUUUGAAAGGUUCAGUUUUUCAGGUUACAGGUGACAACUUG